CUCCUCCGUCUUCCCUUCCCUUCCCUUCCGCUCCGCGUCCCCCGCCGCCUUCCGCGGCGCUUGGGGGGAGCUCUCGCGCGACGGGCCCCUCGUCGGAGGGCAGCGGCCAGGCCCGAGGGGUAGUUCGCAGGUUUUGCCCACCCGGGGCGCCAUUUUGUUGGGCCUGUUUGCAUUCUAGCCCUGACCCUCACAUGCUGAGGGAGUACUGAGGUUCUUCCGCACAAGCCUCCACACAGGCAGUCAGAGCAAAAAUGGGGAAGGCAGCUAAGCGGAAGCGAAAGGUCUCAGCGCCCUCCACAGCCAGGGGCCCUGUGAAAUCGGCUAUGGCUAUGGUCAAGAGCAACCCCUUUGAGGUGAAGGUCAACAGGCAGAAGUUUAACAUCUUGGGGAGGAAGACUAAGAAUGAUGUGGGGCUGCCUGGUGUCUCACGGUCCAAGGCCAUCAAGAAGCGAACCCAAACAUUACUGAAAGAAUAUAAAGAAAGGGAAAAGGCAAAUGUGUUUAAAGAUAAACGUUUUGGUGAAUACAACAGCAAAAUAAGUCCAGAGGAGAAGAUGAUCAGACGAUUUGCUUUGGAAAGACAGCAAAAUUAUGGAAAGAAAAACAUCUAUAAUCUUAAUGAAGAUGAGGAAUUGACUCAUUAUGGCCAGUCUUUGGCAGAAAUUGAAAAACUAAAUGAUAUUGUUGAUAGUGACAGUGACACAGAAGAAAGAGGAACACUAUCAGCUGAAUUAACUGCUGCUCACUUUGGAGGGGGUGGAGGCCUCCUUCGUAAAAAAGCAGCAAGUGGGCAGCAAGAUGAAGAGGAGGAAAAACCUAAAUCUAGGAAGGAACUCAUAGAAGAGAUGAUAGCCAAAUCUAAACAAGAAAAGCAAGAGAGGCAAAAUCGGAGAGAAAGUGCCUUAGAACUCACAGAAAAGCUUGACAAUGACUGGAAGGAAAUCCAAACCCUUAUUGCCCGCAAAGCCCCAAAGUCAGAGAGAAAGGACAAAGAAGCAGAAAAACACAAGCCUGAUGAAUAUGAUAUGAUUGUUCGAGAACUUGGAUUUGAGAUGAAAGCAAAACCUUCAGAAAGGAUGAAGACAGAAGAAGAAUUGGCAAAAGAGGAGCAGGCGCGACUGCAGAAGCUGGAGGCAGAUCGACUACGUCGAAUGCAUGGAAUAGACGAACAGGCAAAUAACAAGAAACCCAGCCACGUGUCAGCUGAUGAUCUAGCUGAUGGCUUUAUCCUGGAUAAAGAUGACAGACAUUUAUUGUCUUACAAGGAUGGAAAAAUUAAUAUUGAAAAUGAAGAUGAGGAAGAAAAAGACAAGGAGGAAGAAGAGGAGGAAGGUGGAAAUGAAGAUAAUGAGAAUGAAGAAGAAAGUGAGGAGGAAUCUGCUAAUGAAGAUGAGGAGGAUGUUGCUGCAGAUAGCCACUCUGAUCUUGAAUCUGACCUUGAGAGUGAAGAAGAAGCUGCAGGGAAUAAAGAAGAGAAGAAAUGCAAGACAAAUGAAAAGGAAUCACAGAACGUGGAGGAACUAGAUCAACAAAUGAAAGCUGCCAAAUCAGAGCUUCCCUAUACAUUUGCUGUUCCUGAGUCCUAUGAGACGUUUAAGUCUUUAUUGGCUGGAAGAACAAUAGAACAACAGCUUAUUAUACUGGAGAGAAUUCAGAAAUGCAAUCAUCCAAGCCUUGCAGUGGGAAACAAAGCAAAGUUGGAAAAAUUGUUUGGCUUUCUUUUGGAGUACGUUGGGGAGUUAGCAACUCUGGAUUUACCAGAGCUUAGAACAAUUGACAGACUGGUCCUGCCAUUGUACAAUCUUUGCCAGAUGUUUCCUGAGGCAGCCAGUGACAGUAUUAAGUUUAUCCUUCGAGACGCUGCACAUGAUAUGGAAGAAGUAAUUGAAGUCAAAGGCCGUGCAACAUUUCCAGCUUUAGACACGCUUGUUUAUUUGAAAAUUACAUCUCUGCUGUUUCCAACUUCUGACUUCUGGCAUCCAGUUGUAACACCUGCUUUUAUCUACAUGAGUCAGCUCCUUACUAAGUGUCGCAUCACAACAUUGCAAGAUGUUAUCAAAGGGUUAUUUAUAUGCUGCUUGUUCCUGGAAUAUGUAUCUCUCUCCGGAAGAUUUGUACCAGAACUCAUCAAUUUUCUUCUUGGAGUACUUCAUAUAUCUCUACCCAAAAAGCAGGCCCAGGGGUAUACUGUAGUGCAUCCUUUUACACCAGUGGGGAAAAAUUUAGAACUGCUUUUGGUGUGUGAUAAGAAGGAUCUGGAAAGUUGGCAGAAGCAAAAUCUGCCACUGAGUAUUGUGGCUAGAUUAAAGGAAACCAGCAGAACAGAAAUGAAUCAUAUCAGGUUAUCAUGUCUAGCCAUGUGUUUUGACCUUAUUAAAAAAUGUGCAGUUCUGUAUGAGUCCUUACCAUCAUUCCAUGAAAUAAUGCAUCCUGUCAGAAUUCUCCUUACACAACAUGUGCUAGUGAACGAAUAUCCUGAAAAAAUGCAGGAAUGGUAUAACAGUGCUCUGAAAGAGCUAGAGAACAAAGUAAAACACUAUACCCCACUGGUAUGUGAGAAAAAGAAGCCAGUGCCAUUGAAACAGUAUACACCUAAAAUUGUGAAAGUUUUAGAGUUUGGAAAAAAGCAGGGAGGCAGCAAGAAGGAGCAAGAAAGAAGGCAGUUGAUUCAGAAGCAUAAACGUGAACUUAAAGGAGCUAUUCGUGAGAUUCGGAAAGACAACCAGUUUCUGGCUAGAAUGCAACUUUCAGAAAUCAUGGAGAGAGAUUCAGCCAGAAAAAGAAAAGUGAAAGAGCUGCUUGGUAGCCUUGCUACACAGGAAGGUGAAUGGAAAGCAAUGAAAAGGAAAAAAGGGAAGAGUUAAUUGGGACUACGUACAGCAGGAAACUUUUUUUUUACUGCCAUAUAAAAUACCCCAAUCCUGCGGCUUUUGAACAGAUUUUAAUUGCAUUCUUUGAAUGCAUUCCUUUUGAGGAGACAACAUCACCAGAUCUGUCUGAAAAAGUGAACCUGCUUAUUGUAAAAAUCCACGUUUCCAUCAGGAAAAUAAAAAUAACACUUUUGUAUAUAAUGCUUUUUUUUUUUUAAUUUUGAUAACAGAGAAUAUUUGGAUGAAUAAUCAGAAUUCUUAGGGGUGCAUGACCAGGUUUUUAGUUUAACUUGAACUAACACACACACACACACACACACAAAAUUGCACAACAGAAACCUUUUGUUAUCUUUUAUAAUACUGAAUAAUUGCAGACAGCUGUCAUAGUGGUAGUGUAUUUGCAAUUCAGGCAGUAACAUUUUAAUUAAUCUGUAGCAUUGGGACAUUCUAAUUCAUGUAUUCAGUGAAGUAAUGGAAUUGGCUUUCAAGUAGAAGUCCUUUGUUAAUGCUGUACAUCCAUUCACCUCUUCAGUAAGUUUUGAAUUGAGCACAGCUCUGAAAUUCUUAAUAAUGUAGAGUGGUUAGCUAGAAUUCCUCAGUGUAUGCGUAACUGUCUAAGUGGACAGUGAAAUUCUUAACUUUCUUCCACUUAUUUUAUCAUGUAUGUCUAUUUACUGAUAACUGCCCAGCAUGGCUUUAAAAACAUCUGCUCUUCAAAUAGAGCCAAUUUCCAACCUCUUUUUUUAAUACUAUAUUUGUGUAGAAACAUUGCAGUGAGACAAAGAGCAUCACAAUUAUUUAAAGGUGCUAGUCUGAACUAGGUUCACUAUUCAAGUAGUCACUGUAAUCUACCUAUUUGAUAAGUUCAGCAACAGUUAGGCAUUGAAGAUUUUCUUCGGAAACUUAUGAAAAUGAAAUGUCCUUUUACAAUAACAUUCCAAUUUCAGUCUAAAGAAAAAACUGUAAAGAAGAUCCUAUAAAGAAUAAACUAAUGGCCAUGGUUCUUUACAAAAACAAACAAAACCCCAAAGCCUCUUCCAUUUUCAAACGGUGUUUCUACAUUCAGUCUCUUUGUGUUUUGUCCUGUGUUUUGUCCAGUAGGUAAUUCAGACAUGGUGAUGCUUACCUGCUGUUCAUGAAGAAACAUUUAAAUGCUGCCAGUAGAUCUGGUUUAACAGUUAGGCCUGGUUGUUUCAGAAUGGCUUAGAAUGUUUUCUUCUGUGUGGUUUUGUUGUGAGGUUUUUUUUUCAGAUGAGACUUGUAAUGGAAGCAGGACUACAGCUAGUAGGGGAUGAGUUGAAACACUUAGGCUUUAGAUUUAAAUUCUAAUGACAAACCUAUCUUUGUAAGGUAAGUCUUGUUAAAGGUUUCCCUAUGUAUGUUCCUUAAAAGAGAAAAGGAGUUUAUUUGAAGAAGAGGGCUUUUAUUGAAUCUUAGUGUGACUGUAGCAAUAAAAGUAAUAUGUAAUUAUCAUCAACUUUUUUGGCUUGGAAAACCAGUUGUAUUAAGUGUUGAAAUAGGCUGGAUACCAAGUAUGUGUGGGGAGAUACUCAUGUCACCUAAAAAUUAGUAAGAUUUCUGUGUUUGUAAUCAUCCAUCCACGCUUCUGAACACAAAUUUCCAGUUAACCUUUCUAAAAUCAGUAAAGCCAUCUUCUGAAACUUCA